UAAUCCCAGCAGUUGAAGAAGAUAGCCGCACAUAAUUACGUCACGGCAACKCUGCUUUUUCUACAUUAAACUCGAAUUUUAAAUUAAAGUGGCAUUCGGAGCGGGUGGUGAACACCCGCUAGUCGCGCCGGUAAAAACGUUAACUAUACUUGUAUUAUUAUAACCGGAUAGGUUUCAAGUGACUGCCAUAUGGAAUUAUGUUCUACAUUGAUUCCCAUUAAAACAGCGCGCAUUUUUCUGUCACUUGUCAAGAGGCAGAGAGCGCAGACACAGCCAGGACACGACGUUGAUCACCAGCAGUGGCACGGCACAGGAAACCGAACAUUGAGGAUAUAUAUUCUAGAUUUUUGUCGGCGUUAAUUAAAAAAACAGUAUUAGAAAGGUUUCAAUUCCACUGGUUUGGUGUCUGGUAUGACUAGGUUAUUCUAGUUGAUGAAAUGACGGCGAGAUGUUAUAUAAAGCGAAUAACGGAGAUGAGAUUAUACAGAAUAUAACGUUAGGUUCACUAGAAUCACAUGUGAUACUUCGACUGUACCGAUAUUUAUGGCACAUUAGGUAGCCAGAUAAUACUUGCUGGAUUUUUUUCUUGUAAUUUAAAGGUGAUUUGACAGCUAUAUCUAAUCUCAGAAAGAUUCAGCUAGCUAGUUUGGUAGCUGUUGUAAAAGCUGGUCUAUCCAGUAGUGUGCAUUUAAUUUAGCUAACCGUAGACGGCUGACAAGCUAGCUAAAAUUAUGAGGUAGUAGGCGUAGGAUAAUCCCCACCAUUCUGAACAAUGUUUACUGGAYCAUAGAAUAUAUGUAAUAUUACAAUAUAGAUAGCUAAUUACGUUGGCUAAUAAAUAAAACGACCCGGCUAUUACCCUUGGUUUUUGUGGGCCUAUAUUCCAAUCUGACAUUAAUUGUUACCUAUGCGAAAUGGGCCCACAUUUUAAAUUAGAAAACAAAGAAUUAGGCAGGCUACUUGAGAGGUUAAACUGAUUACAGUUUUUCCGCGUUUUUAGGAUAGCUGCUGGCUAGCUAGUUUGGAAGUGUAGGAGCUUGCCGCUCUGUGUUCCUAAACCAGGGUCAGUUUUCUAAAUCGACGUUUUCAGUGCCGCCACAAUGGACAGUCAUACCGGCGACGACAUGAGUGUCGGGGAGGUGGAACCCAUGCCUGGCUAUGCGGAUCUCAUAACGAGAGCAUCAACAGUGAUGCCCAGUGCCUUGAGAGGCUGUAGCACUUGCGGUCUAGAGCUCUCCAAAAGGACGCUCCUGGAUAACGCUUAUAUUACCUGGACCGAAAUCGGCCUUUUCUUCAUCUGCGCGAUUAUGUGGACGCAGAUACGACGGGGACUAACAGAAUGUCUGUUCCAGCCGUUUGCACAAUGGUGUAGUCUCCAGCCCAAAGAUUCUGCCAAGAUGCCAGAGAGCUCGUGGAAGCUGGUCUUCUACACCAUGUCCUGGUCGUACAGCACCUACCUGCUCUUCUUCACCAACUACACCUUCUUCCACGACCCGCCCUCCGUAUUCUAUGAAUGGAAGCGUGGCAUGACGGUGCCCACGGACAUCGCCAUCGCCUACCUGAUCCAGGGCAGCUUCUACGGACACUCCAUCUAUGCCACGGUCUACAUGGAUGCCUGGAGGAAGGAUUCUACCGUCAUGGUGGUGCACCACGUCAUCACCCUGGCCCUCAUCACCUUCUCCUACGCUUUCAGAUUCCACAACAUUGGGUUGCUGGUGUUGUUCCUCCACGACAUCAAUGACAUCCAGCUGGAGUUCACCAAGCUCAACGUAUACUUCAAGACCCGUGGAGGGGGCUACUACCUCAUCAACGACAUCCUGUCCAACAUGGGCUCUGUCAGCUUCAGCAUCACCUGGUUUUGGUUUCGUCUCUACUGGUUUCCUCUGAAGGUUCUGUACGCCACCUGUGUGUCCAGCCUCCAGUCCGUCCCAAACAUACCCUUCUACUUCUUCUUCAACUCACUCCUCUUGACACUCCUCUGCAUGAAUAUCUACUGGUUUUUGUAUAUAGUGGCAUUUGUGGCAAAAGUCCUGACGGGGCAGAUGAAGGAUGUAAAAGACCUGAGGGAGUACGAGGGUGAGGAGGGAGCCAUGAGGGCCGCAACCCUGCUUAAGGUCCAGCAGCAGAGUAAAGAUGCAGGACAUCUCAACAAUUCUGCUGAAACUCAACUCAACAACUCUACUGAAGGUCCAUUCAGUACGACCUCAGACCAGCAGACCUCCUGUGUGUUGACCUUGUCUUGUGUAGCAAAGAUAGAGAGGAACCAAGAGCUGCGCUUAUUGAGGUGUGCUUACGCGGAAGCACUUGCAGAACGGGAUCACCAAGGAGAAGCAUCUAUAAUGGCCUCUCUAGCUCUAUCUCCUGGCACUUAACUCUGAAUGCAAGCAACCUACAUUUAGGUCUAAGUGAAUCGCAAAAAGGUCGAAAAACAUCAAAUUAGAAAAGUGAUCAUUUUUCAUUCCGUUUUGGCAUUGUUUUAUUAUAUCACUGUGAAUGUUAUUUCAGGUGACCUUUGUCUUAUAUUAACAUUAGAUUUGAAGAAAAAGAAAGAUGUGAGUUAUGUGAAUGUCCUCUCGUGUAGUCUACAGGGGCAUUUAGCAGUCGUGUCAGCUCUAACAAACAAUAAGACAAGGUUGAGCUAUUGAUUUUGAAAUGUCUAGACCUAUAAAAAAA